CACAAGGUGAUGCGAACAGUGUGCUGUAGGCGCUAGCAGAACCAACAACGCCGCGCCACUGUUUAAGCCCUAAGUAAUUAAAAUCGAUUCCUGUUAAUUGGUUCAAUCGAGAGGCGAUGCGUGAUCUGAAAAGCCGGAUGCAAUAAAAAUUGAAUCUGCGCCAGGCGGUCCAUGGCGAAAAAUAAAGAGAAAUCCAAUCAAAAUGCAGCUAAGGAGUGGCGGGAGAGGUCUGAGCCGCUCCUUGCCGUGCCUGAGGAUGAAAGAGAGCUCCCACCACACUCGCUGCCGCGGCUGAGCGUCGUGCCGCCCUGCAGCCGCAGCUCCAGCGUAGACCCACUACCCUCGAAGCAACAACGGGCUCUGCUCUCGCAUGGCGACGAAUCAAUGACGGUGGUGUUGUCAGCAUUUUAUGCAAAACUAUUAAUAGUUUUAGGAGUGGCGCUGCCUAUUACAAGUACUAUACAGGAUGAACUUUACACUAAUUUCACCUCGGACAUUUUUACUAUUUAUUUAUACGUGGUGAGCAUGUCGUUUUUGGCAUACACAUUCUGCCACCUAAAAAUGGCAAAGAAGGAAAGCGAUGAGAACGCAGCCCGCUCCCGCUACGGGAGCUUCUACUUGCACAUGGGCGUGGCGGGGUUCUCUGUCGGUUCCAUCAUCUACUCGUGCCUGCAGGUCGGUGGCUACUUCGACCUGGGCGGGGACUGCCGCCUGGUCAUCGUCGCCGUCAAGCCGGCGCUCCGGAUACUCUUCAUGGUCGCUCAGACUGUCUUCAUAUUUUCGUACACCGAUAUAUUGGACCCGAUGCGAGGCGUAGUGUUGGACAGGUUCGGCUUAAUGCACUUAAUCGCUACGAACGUGUGUGAAUGGCUGAACGUCGUCAUCCAGGAGACGAGGGACGACAUAAUUGCUGUCGCAUACGACCGGCCGCCGCUCCUCCGAUACGCCAAUAUAAGCGGACCCUCGAAACUGGUCAUAGUCGACCGACGAGACAACGUUACCUUCAUAAAGCAACAUUACAAAAAUAAUGGAACUUCAUUAGAAUUGUACGACAACAUUACGAUCAAAAAUGAGACGUGGCAGUGUAACGUCUCCGAUAUGAUUACACCAUUAAUUAGAAACGUGAACCCCUAUUUGAGGCCAUGCGGUGUAGAAUACAGCCUGCUCUGCUCUAUAAUCAUUGUUGUCAUUUGGAAUGACAUCUGCACAGUGCCGGGAUCGAAAUCAAUGCCAACGCGGUCAGUAAACCAUUCCCCAAGUAGGGAUCCUAAACAAACGCUCUUGCGCAUGAAGUCUAGCAACCACUUCUCGGUGGACUGCGGUAGCACGCACAGGGGGCUGUUCAUGGGCGUGGCCGUGCUGGCCGGGACCAUCGUCAGCCUCAUGCUGUUCAACGGCCUCUUCCAGAAUAAGAAACACGUGGAAGUCGCUUUACUACAGAUCAACGUGUGGGAGACGAUCUUGUUUCUCCUGAUGGGUGCGGGGUCGGCGGCGUGCAUUCGGCGCAUGCGCACGCUGCCGCUGCGCCGCGUCGCCGCCGCCAUGCCGCUCGAGCACGCGCUGCUGCUCGUCACGCAGUGCGGCGUGUACCUUUACUACCUGUUCCAGAUCAUCGGGGCCGGCUUCCUUAUACAGCGGUACCCGGAAGGCCGGAGGGCUACAAGGAUCUUGUCGCCUCUAUGCGCGGUGAUCCAGAGCUCAUGCCAGACGCUGCUGGUGCUGGACGCGUGGUCGCGGCGCUGCGCGGACGGUGGCCCGCGCGCCGGCCGGCAGCUCGUCACCUUCCUGCUCGUUGGCAACUUUGCGCUCUGGCUGCUCAACAGGGUGAAGAACGCCAGAGCAGAGUUCCAUCCACUGCAAAUGGAGUUUUACGGAGUGUGGGCCUGGACCUUGAUCACCCACGUGUCGGUGCCGCUGCUCGUGUGCUACAGGUUCCAAGCCACUGUCUGCUUUUACGAAAUAUGGAAAAACUCUUAUAAGAGGCAAAAAGAACUGCACGACACCGAUUUUGAUCAAGAUCAAGAAUUAAAAACAUAUCACAUAGCCUAAAAUAAACCAUUACACGAAUUGA